AUGUUUUUGAAAAGAUUUUCAAAAGAACAAGCUAUUGAUACAAUAGCCCAGUACACUGAAACUAAAUUUUCAAAAAUAUCUUUUGGUACUUCUGAAAUACAAAGUUUAACUAAAAUUUGCCAAGAUAUUAAAAUAGAAAUAAAUAACAUACCAAAAAAUACAGAUUUCAAAAACUUAAAAAUUAGCGAUUACAAAAAGAAUAUUCCACAAAAUUUGUAUUUUCUUAUUAAUCUUCUUGUGUGCAACGAUUCUAGCGGUGAUACGAAAGAAACUAAUGUGCUUAACAUUUGUCAAGACAUUAUUUUUGCAAAUUCUGAUGGAAAAAAAUAUACACCCAAACAUAUUGGUCUAGGAUUAUUAGUUCACCAGGAAACAAGGUCAAAAAAACUUGUUGAAACACUACAUACUUGCGGUCAUUCUAUCUCGUACACUGAUACGUUAAGGGUACGUAACAGCAUUGCUCAGGAAGAGAUAAACCUCUAUUUGCAAAAUGACAGAGUAACAAUUCCCAGACAACUAGUUCCUAAUAGAUUUGUCCAAUUCGCUGCCGAUAAUAUUGACAUCCUUGAAGAAACUUUAGACAAGGCACCCACAUUUCAUGGGACUCAAAUGGCUGCAUUUCAAAGAGGCCCAAUUCUGAAGGUAAUACCUGGAAAUUUCGAAUUUUUGCCAUAUCAUGUAAAACCAAAUAUUCCUCAGUACUUUCAUUCACUUGAAAAGUCUUGGUUUGAUAAAAGUAAAAAGAAGGUACAAAGUGAAGACAAUCCGUCUAUUAUUAUGGAAAACGAAAAUCUUAGCUACAAACAAAAAUACCAAACCAUUGCUUGGUGUAUUUCUAGAAUGAAUGACGCUGAGAACGAAGAAAUGGUUAUUCCUCAGUGGUCAGGAUUUCAUAAAUUAAUUUUUAAAAAUAAUUCCAAUGUAACGACUUAUGGAUAUCUACCUUUAUUGCCACACGUUUCCUCAGAAUAUGAUACAGUUUGGACAGUUAUUAUAAGAUGUCGUCAAAUUGCAGAAAAGCUAAAUAAUACGCAUACAGUUAUAACAUUUGAUCAAGCAAUUUAUUAUAAAGCGAAAGAGUUACAAUGGCAUAAUCCAGAGGACACAAAAGACGUGAUAAUCCGUCUAGGAGGAUUUCAUAUUACAAUGAAUUUCAUAAAAGCCAUUGGACAGUUUAUGUCACAUUCAGGUCUAGCUGAUGUCUGGAUUGAAAGUGGACUAUACGGCCAGUCUACUGUAGAUGGAAUUUUAUCUGGAAAAAAGUAUAACAAAGCAAUUCGAGCACAUAAAUUAACCUACGAAAGUCUUAUGAGAAUACUUAUCCCUCUUUUUACCACAUGGCUUAUUGAGUGCAAGAGUCCGUCUAUACAUUCAUUAAAUCUAAUUCAUCUUUGCACAGCAGAAAUUCGUGACCAUUUGAAGACUAAAAGAGAUGCGUUGCCAAGCUUUUUAAAAAUAUCUAGUUUAACUGAUGAAUUAUUUACAGACUUUCAGAAGUUUAUGGAGACACAAACAGCUACCACUAAAUACUGGUAUACGUACUUAAAUUUGGUAGAAAUUUUGCUAGAAUUCCAGUUUGCUGAAAGAAGUGGUAAUUGGGAACUACAUUUAAAUGCUUUCAAGAAAAUGCUUCCGUUCUUCUUUGCCUUGGAUCACAUCAACUAUUCUAGAUGGGGAACAGUAUAUUUGUUAGAUAUGUAUAAACUUCGCAACACAGCACCAAAAGUUUAUGAAGAGUUCAUGGAUGGAAAUUUUGUUGUAAAACGACUAAGUGGAAAUUUUAAUCAACUUUCUGUAGAUCAAGCACUGGAACAUAUCAAUAAAAAUUCCAAAGAUGCAGGAGGCAUAGUCGGAUUAACUAAAAAUAGUAGUAAAUUGGAUGAAUGGUUUUUAAGUUACAAUGUUGUGGGAAUGAUGAUAGAUGAAUUUCGAUAUUCCUUAAACAGUUUUAUUAAUGUAUCUAGCCAAAACGUGGAAUGUGGCAAUAAACGAAUGAAAGUUGACGAACAAUCUGUUCAGAAGUUAUUAAGUGAAUUUUUAAGAUUUAAUGUGUUUUCCAAAAGCGAUGAUCGCCUUUUAGUUAUCUCAACUAAUGAAGUUGCAUCUGAUACUGUCCAAACUUCUUUAUUAAAUGUGAAUAAAAUUGGCGAACAAGCUUUAAGAAAAUUUUUAGAAGUAGUUGGUACUCCUGACUUUUAUAAACCAAUAAAAAAAAAUAUUCUUCAAACACUACAGCGCACUGGCGUUAAAAUAGCUGCCGUUGAUAAGAAAAAAACUUUCCAAAAAGGUCAAGAAUUUUUGCAGAAAAUAUUGGCAGCAAAAGAAAUGGGAAGAAAUAUUGAGUAUGAAGAUAUUUUUAAACAUGAAUUGACGACAUAUCCAAUGUCACUGGCACCUACAGGAAUAUUAGCUACCCCUUCAAACAAGUCUAACUUGGGAAACAUUAUAGAAAAAUUUACUAGAAGUUGCAAAGAUUUACCAUCGGGAAAUUGUGGUAAAACCUGCCACGUAUUCGAUGGAAUGGCAUUAAUACAGGGACUUGGCAAACCUACUAACGCCAAAUCGUUUGGAGAAUAUGCAAACAUCUUAAAGGCCAUUGUAUUUAAGAAUAAAUACAAUGCCGAAAGAAUUGAUUUUGUCCUGGACCAUUACGAAGAUUUGUCGAUAAAGAAUUGCACAAGAGAGAAGAGGGGACAUAAAAAUGACGCCAUAGAGAGAGCCAUUGAAAGCUCAGACACAUUAUUACCUCAACAGUGGCAUUUAUUUAUCCAUUCUAUUGCUAAUAAAAUGCAACUUGCCAACUUCGUAGGUAAUCAGUUGUAUGAAUAUUCUCUUAAUUUCGGAGUUAAAUUUGUCACCAGCGGAGGAUUUCUUGAUGUUCUGCAGUAUAAAGCAAACUAUGAUUUAGAAACUGACUUGUUAAUUGCGAGACACGAAGAGGCAGACACAAGAAUUAUGUUACAUAUAUUGUCUGCUAAAAUGGAAGGAUAUACAAGAUGUAUAUUGGAUUGUAAGGACACAGAUGUUUUAUUACUAUUGGCCCAUUUCAAAGAUAUACUGACGCCGGAAAUUUGGAUAAAGGUUGGAACCAAAGAAACCAAAAGAUUUAUAGCAAUCCAUGAAUUGAAAAUGGAUAAUUCAAUGACAAAAUGUCUACCAGCGUUUCAUGCACUGACAGGUUGUGAUACAACCAGUCAAUUUGUAGGAAUGGGCAAAAAAAGAUGCUGGAAAGUAUUUUUAUCACACCACAAUUUACUUAGUAAUGUUGGCAUAAGUGAUAAUUUAGAAGAAGAAGAUUUUAAUAAAAUAGUUAAGUUUGUAAUGCGAUUUUAUUCAAAUAACGAAAAUAUCCAUUGUAUAAACAACCUUAGAGGGAUUUUAGCGUCCUCAAAGCCGAUCAGCAAAUUACCUCCAACUUUAGAUACUUUAAAACAGCAUUGUCUUCGUGUGCACUACCAGACUAAAAUAUGGCUGGACAGUACGAUACCCAGACCAUCUUUACCAGAAGUAUCAGAGUGUGGCUGGAAAAUUGAUAAUGGAAAACUGGUACCAAUUUUAAGUAGAGAAUCAAUACUACCUGAGGACACUUCUGCUUUAAAUACUUGCAAUUGUAAAAAAGAUUGCAACGGGCCACAAUGUUCCUGCAAGAAAAAACAAAUUUGUUGCAUUGGGUCCUGCAAUUGUAUGGCUCAAAUUACAUGUGCAAAUAAAGACCUAAAAAACACAAAAGCUUCCCAGAAUAUAUUAUCUGAGAGUGAAGAAAAUUCCGAGUCUGACUAA